GAGCGGUGGCCACAGCAGCGAGUGACAGCCAGUGCACAUGGCUGGGGACACCGGGAUGGCCGGGAAGCCCAGACCCUCAGCCUUGCUGGUGCCCAGACCACCCAGCUGCUGGUGGAGCCCCCCUGGAGGCCAGCAGUGGUGUGGGACCGGGUGACAUUGACCUGCCAGGGCUCAGGAACUGCCGGUGCCACCACCUGGUACAAGGACCGGCAGCGUUGGUGGCAGGAGGGACAGGACCGCCUCACUGUCACCGAGAGUGGCACCUACACAUGUGACAGACGCGGCACUGGGCGCAGCCCCCCCGUGACAGUCUUAAAUGACCCACUGGUGCUGCAGGUGCCAGCGCGGGCACUGCUGGAGGGGGACACCUUGACACUGCGCUGCCGGUGCCGGCAGGACAAGCAUCUCACCAGGGUGCGAUUUUACCGGGAGGAGAAGGAAAUCAGGGGGUCCCUCAAGGGGACCAAGCUGUCCCUUUCACCUCUGCAGCUGCACCACAGCGGCCGCUACAGAUGUGAGGGCUUGGUGGGGUUCUGGCAGUCACGGUCAGCACCAGUGACAGUGACAGUGCAUGAGCUCUUCUCAGUGCCGGUGCUGGAGGGUCCCCGUGAGCUCACUGAGGGGUCCCCCCUGACUCUCAGCUGCCUCAGCACCCCCAGCCCCCUGCGGCCCCGAGCCCCCCUCCUGCACGUGUUCUACCGGGACGGGCAGGUGGUGGGGGGCCCACAGGAGUCCCCGCAGCUGCUGGUGCCCACUGUGAGGGUCUCCCACUCGGGGCAUUAUGGCUGUGAGGUGCGCUCCCGGGGUGGGUCCGUGCGGAAGAGCAGCAACCGGCUCCUUGUCAUGGUGUGCAGGGUCCCGCCCUCGGGGGUGUCCCUGUCAGUGCAGCCCCCAGGGGGACAGGUGGCACUCGGGGACAGCCUGGUUCUGAGCUGUGCCGUGGCCACAGGGACAGGUCCCCUGUCCUUCUCCUGGCACCGGGAGGGCUCAGGGGCACUGCUGGGCACCGGCCCCCACAUGGAGCUGCGCCACGUUGGGGACAAUGACAGCGGCCAGUACCGGUGCCGGGUCAGUGACGGGAACAGCGUGGCCGAGAGUGACCCCCUGAAUGUCACCGUCCUGGUGCCCGUGGCCAAUGCCACCAUCACCCCCGGUCCCCUGUCACAGCAGGUGCGUGCAGGUGACAAUGUGACCCUGCGCUGCUCAGUGCAGGUGGGCUCAGCCCCAGUCACCUUCACCUGGCUGCACAACGGGCAGCAGGUGGCCCAGGGUCCCCUCCUGGAGCUCAGGGACAUCGAUGUGGGACAUUCGGGCACCUACCAGUGCGUGGCCGCCAACCAGCUGGGACAGGAUGGGCACCGCGUGUUCCGGGCACUCAGCCCUGAGCUGGCCCUGGAGGUGACACCUGGCUCACCCUGGGUCACAGGUGGGGUCACACAGGUGGCAGCAGGGGUUGGCAGGGCCCUUUUGUUCCUGCUCCUCCUUGUGGGUGUCAUUGUGACCUGGCACCGGUGGCAUCGUCGCCCCCCGGAUCUCCCAGCCCCCCCAGAGGAGGGGGAGCUGCUGUACACCCACAUCGUGGUCACCAAGAGGCCAGGGGCGUCCCCCCGUGCCAUCACCCUCCAGGAUCCCCAGGUGACCUACGCGGAGCUGAGGGGAACCCAGGGGUGACCACGGGAACCCGGUGACAUCUACGGGAAUGUGCUGUGA